AUGGGGCCCCUCUCAGCGCCUCCCUACACACUGCACAUCACCUGGAAGGAGCUUCUACUCACAGCAUCACUUUUAAUCUUCUGGGACCCGCCCACCACUGCCCAAGUCACGAUUGAAGCUCAGCCAACCAAAGUUUCUGAGGGGAAGGAUGUUCUUCUACUUGUCCACAAUUUGCCCACGAAAGUUGCUGGCUACAUCUGGUACAAAGGGCAAAUAAUGGACCUCCAGCAUUACAUUACAGCAUAUACAAUAGACACUGAAAAGAUUAUAUUUGGGCCUGCAUACAGUGGACGAGAAACAGUAUAUUCUAAUGCAUCCCUGCUGAUCCAGAAUGUCACCAAGAAUGACACAGGAUCCUACAGCAUUCAAAUCACAAACCCAUGUGAUGAGACUAAAGGAAUAACUGGACAUUUCACCUUAUACGAGACACUGAGAAAAAGAUGCAAACAUGGAAAGGUGGAAAGUGUUGACGACAUAGAAAAUAGCAAUCAUUAUUUCUCACAUCCCAAAGCCUUGAAAAACAUACAAGUGCAGCAUGGCCAGUAUGGAUUUGACCAAAAACUAAUCACCAAGCUAGAAAAGUGGAACGAUGCCUGUGGAGGAAUCAAAGGUGCCACAGGACAAUCUUCUCUCUGUUAUCCACACAGUCCCAGGCUAAAGCAACCCGGUGAAAACAGGAUCCUCAUUCUAGCCAAUGUCACAAGAAAUGACACAGGCCCCUAUGAAUGUGAAAUAUGGGACCAAGUUGGUAGCAACCCCAGUGACCCAGUCACGCUGGAUGUCCUUUAUGGUCCACGCAUCCCCAGCAUUUUCUCUUCAUCCCCCUAUUACCGUUCAGGAGAAAAACUCUACUUGUACUGCUUCGCGGACUCUAACCCACCGGCAGAGUAUUCUUGGACGAUUGAUGGGAAGUUUCUGCAAUCAGGACAAGAGCUCUCUAUCCGCGAAAUUACUGCACAGCAUAGCGGAAUCUAUGGUUGCUCGGCUCGUAACUCAGCCACUGGCAGCUCAAGUUCCGCAUUCAAGACGAUCAAAGUCUCUGGUUCUUCAGGAAGAGGACAUCUAUCCUGGCAUUGAUCCGACAUAGCAGCCGUGAUGUCAUUUCUGUAUUUCAGGAAGUCUGGCAGGUAUGAUGGCCUUUUCUCUUGUACCGCUUCCUGCAGGCUGACUGCCAUGCUUGGGAGAGGGAAAAGGCUUAUUGGCCUGUAUCUGGGACUGGAUCUCCUCCUUCUUCCACUAAACUCCUGCUUCUCAGCACUAAUUCCUGCAGUUCCCUUUCUCCCUGGCCUUUAUGCUCCCUCUACCCCAAUGUCUUUUAGCCAUAAUUGUCUCGUUUAUUUCUCAGAUUCAAAUGAGAAACACAAUUUCUCAUUGUGACACCCUCUUCAUUAUUUUUCACAUCUCUCAAUAGUGUAAUUCUCUCCAUUCCCAUAAAGACCAACCACUUCUCAAAGUGUUGCUUGACUUCUUGUGUCCAGACUUUGAAACCUUCCUUGCAUAUGACUGCCUCAUUACCUUUCUAAAAUCUAGUUAAUUCACUUAAUCAAGAAUCUCCAGGGGUCUACACUAGCCUAUUUGGUAAGUUCACAUUUCUUCUAUUUACUAAUCCUUCUCACUUCCUUUACCUCUACUUCCUAGUAUAAUUCCUCUAUCCUAAUUAGAACUGUCUUCCUACACAUCCCUGCCCCUUCACCCAUAUAGACAUAAAAUUCUUAGUUCCAAUGCUAUGCCUAAAAACAGGAUGAAC